GUUAAAUCAAAGAUGGGUCUUAUUAUUGCAUGCCUCUGCUACAUGAGCCGUGAUAAAAUGGCCUUGGGGUCCUGGCGCUUCUUGGAUGACGCCGGAUGCAUAUUAGCCUGGCCCAGUGAACUCACCGGGCAGCUGAAGGCAAUCACUACCGUUAAGGUUUACCUGGUAAAUACAACUCAGUUCCAUGUCUACUUCAUGGAGACGCCUCCAAGAAGCUCCAGGCUGUCAAAGCAUCAGCUCGUGUCCGUGAUCCGAGUUCUCAGGUCGGCUACGUGCCAAAUCGGAACUCAUGUGGUACUGCAGCAAAUGAAGGUUAAAAAUGAGAAGCUGCAGUGUUCCAUAACCCCUGAACUUCUUCGCAGAUGCCUCGCCAAAUCUCACAGCUGGAUCCCCAAGCUCUUGGAGUGCUUAUCGCAAAAGAGGCAUGACGUCGGCCUGAGACAUUUGCUCUACGGCUUCGUUGCCCUCUACCUUACCUUCGGCCAUCGCGCAGGCGUCAUGACCAAUCUUACCACCGAGGAGGUCCGAGAGGCGGCGAGGGGGUCCAGCUGUGCCUCUCCGGGGGUUGUGCUUAACGUAAAGAACCACAAGACAGCCCGGGCAUUCGGCUGUGCCCAGGUCUUUCUCACGCAUGAGGAAUUCGGGUGGAUCCAGCGCUGGAUGGAGAUCCACGCUCGGCUACGCCCCUGUUGUAACCUGGUGUUCUUCAACACCAAUGACCAGCCCGUCAGCAACAUCACGACAUUCGCAAGGAACACGUGGGCAGCAAUGCUGCUGCCAGGCAGACCCUCCAUUACCGACGUUAGAACCGCAGUGGCAACGAUGUCCAGAAACACCCAAUCCAGUGAGGUCCGGAUGCAGAUGUCCCGGGUCAUGUGUCACGACACUUGCACGGCCGACCGAUUUUAUGCCCUGCAGCUGGAUGUCAACCAGAUGGCGGAGAUGAGGCAAAGGUUUGACCAGUCCAGGGGAAAUGCUGGAGAAACGUCACAAUAAACUUUGAAUGCAACAGAUUUGUUAUGUAUCUUCAUUGUUUGGUGGGUUGGUGGGUGUGUGUGGUUCCUGUCCCGGCCAUGCAGCUGCAGCAACAGGGCCCAGGGACCAGCCCGCUCCCCCAGGCCAAACCUUUGGGAAUUCUGCGUGUUCCAGCUGCACGGCCGUUCCAACUCACCCGCCUCUCUAUCUGGGCCGAAGCCCGGGGCCGCACGGCCGUUCCAACUCAACCGCCUCUCUAUCUGGGCCGAAGCCUGGGGCCGGAGAAAUGCGUUUUUAAGGAGAUCGAAAAUGACCGGAAAUCACUCAGUCACACAUCCGGUUUACGGUGAGUGGCAGGCUGUCUGGGGAGACGAACAGAGCCCGCUCACCUCUCCGGAAGUCGGUGAGCCCCAGAGCCUACCGGGGGCUUUGAGUCCGAGAAGGCCCUGAGCUUAUAAAAUAGCCGGAAAUUGGGCCCUGUAAACCUGCUCUGACCUCUGCAUUUUACCCCUGCACACCUCCAGGCCUGGAAGUAUGCACAGAACCACACUUGGAACCAGCCCUGGAGGCCUACAGGGCCCUGAGCUUAUAAAAUAGCCAGAAAUUGGGCCCUGUAAACCGGCUAUGACCUCUGUAUUUGACCUCUGCACACCUCCAGGCCUGGAAGUAUGUACAGAACCAGGCCUGGAGGCCUACAUGGCCCUUAGCUUAUAUUAUAGCCUGAAAUGGAGCCACAAAAGCCGGCUACGACA